ACACACACUCAAACUCAAACCUUAAAACAUCAGUUAUAAGUUGGAAAUACCUUUUCUACCGAUAUCAGAACCCAACCAACUAUAUAUGAAGAAUGCUUUUCUUGCCGUCGGAGAAGUGAUGCUGGCUGCAGAAAACCCCAAGAAGAAAGCCGGAAGGAAGAAGUUCAAGGAAACCAGACACCCAGUUUACCGGGGAGUCAGGCGGAGGAAUACCGGAAAGUGGGUUUGUGAGGUCAGAGAGCCAAAUACAAAGUUGAGGGUGUGGUUGGGGACACAUCCCACAGCUGAAAUGGCAGCCAGGGCACAUGACGUGGCGAUUUUGGCCAUGAGAGGUCGUUCUGCGUGUUUGAAUUUUGCUGACUCGAUAUGGCGGCUUCCGGUACCGGAGUCUAAGCAGAUAAAGGAUAUACAGAAGGCGGCGGCGGAGGCAGCGGAGGCAUUCCGGCCAAGACUCGAUCAAGUCAUGGAGAUUGAUGAUGAAAGGGAGGAAUGGCCGGAAAUUUCGUUUUACAGUGAUGAAGAGAUGUUCGAAAGGCCUGGAUAUCUUGACAGCAUGGGUCCGUUACUCAUGGUAUUGCCACCUCAGACGUCGGGAGAUGACGUGGAUUUCAUGGGUAAUAUUACAAUACAAUUUCACCACAGCUUCUUCUCUAACUAAUAAUUAACCAUUUCCAUGAAGAUGAUCAGCAAUUAAUAUCGAGUUGGAGGUGAAGAUGGAGACGAAAAGUCGUACGUAUCCAGAGGACUUUCCGGAAAAGGGUUUUUAAGAUGGCAGCCGGGAGCUUGUGUUGUCACGUGAUUUUGAAUUUCGUGGAGGCCAACGACAUUCGGAACGGCAUAGAUGAUUCCACAGAGGAAAUC